UCCUGAACACGAUGAAGUGCAAAACUAACUUGCAGUUGGCAAAAGCUGGUUGGUAGACCGCGGGCUGUUUGCUUUCAAUCUGUCUUUGAAAUAUAAAUUUCAUGUUGUAGAGCGCAUUUGAUUUUAAUUCCAAAUUAUAUUGUUCAAAAAUGAGUCGAUCCAAGGGACAACUGUCUAUUUGUCUUGAAGCUCAAUGACAGAAACACAAAGUUCUUUAUGAUAAUUUUAUAAUGCUCCUGACCGGGUACGACCACGAUCCAGUCGCCAACUUCUGUCUCAACUCACAUUCCGUUUUUCCGAAGGCGCAGCCAAAUGCCCAGGAAACCGGACAGCCGCCAUCCAUUGGCAAGCGAAUCAGAAAACAACAAAGUCUUGGAUGGCGAGGGAUCCGACUUACGGACCCGCAACUCUCAUUUUAUUCGCCUACCUGCCGGUGGAUCGGAUUGCAGCUGCACCACCAGUACAGGUGGUCCAGAGGACAAGAAGCAGCCCUGCAACCCAACCAAAACCAUUGCCAUCCAAACGAUUUCCAAACAGCUUGCUGCACCGAGUGAAGAUGAUACAGAGGACAACAUGCGUUCUACUGUGGCUACCCAGAACACCAUCUCUCAAACCCAGCCGAUCCUCAAGUAUUUCGCAACUUGCCCUUGUGGCUGCGCAUUGAGCGAGGAUGCCAACGAUAAGCCGCAGCCUGACAAUUUGUUCUCGAAUAUAAGCCGACCCAAUGCUAUGCAGGAAGCCAUCAUUCAAACGCAGCCAACCCCAAACAAGUUUGCAGAAUUUCCAUGCUGCUGCACAUCGAGCAUAGAAGGUUCAAUCCUUACAGCAUCCCCACCACCCCCCAAUCUUCAGAUUGAUGAAGCAAUACAGUGCGAUGAAGUGAUGGCUGAUCAGAAUUCACAGUCGAAGUCAAAUACCGAUGUUAAGUCCGAAAACGUAGAAAGUGUUAAAAAAAGCCCCAAAGACUCAUCCACACCAACUAACAUGGGAAAGCCAAACGCUUCUAUUAACCAAACUGAAACCGUUACACCACGCGAGAGCGAGACUCCAAAAGAUGUUGCCGUGAAGCCCAUGAAAAAAGAGACUCUUGAAGAAACUGAUCAUCGAAAGAUACAAAAAAGUCCUAGAAAACGUUUUUGGAAGCGUCCAACUAUUGUGGUUCGUUCGAGUAUUGAGUUGGCCAAAAAUCAAAACAAGCAGGAGAACAAAGACCAAGCAGAGAACACUAUCAUGUCUAGAGACUCACUGGAGAUAUUCCACAAAGCGACACAAUACGAAAACUCAUCCUCACUUCUGCAGCAGGAAAACAUUGAUCUACAUAUUUCCAUAGACGACAGUGACCAGACAGGUCAAACAGCGAGUCCUAGCCAAAAAUUCCACAAAGAGACACAGUAUGAAGAUUCAUCAGAAUCAAUCAGAAAGAUUGAGCAAAAUGUAGAGAAAUGUGCCAAAUGCGAUCGCUUUCCUGAAUUACUUCAAAAGAUAUCCGACAUGGAGCAGAAGUUGAACCAACAGGAAUGUUCCCUUAGACAACUGAAAUGCUCCUUGAGAUCAUUGAAAGGUCA